AAAAGGAAUUAGUAUUGUAUUUUUUGUUGAAAAGUUUAUAGCAAUAAAUUUAAAUAAAUAAACAAAAUUAAUACAUAAAUAGAUAUGAUAAAUAAAAACUCUCCAACCACAUCAAAAUUAAACACUUAGAAAUAUGCUCCAUAAUUUAAAGAUACAAAAAUACAUAAGACACUGAACAUAACACCUAAAAUAAUUAAAUAAGUAGAGCAGAAAAUGCAAGCCUUUCGGACUCCUGAGGAGUGAGAAAAUGCCAGACUGAGAAUGUGGAGAGCCUGAAGAUGAAUGGGGCAGUGGUGACAGGGAAGAAAUGAGAAGGGCAAUUAAAGAGUUCCGUGAAGAAAUUGGAGGUGUAGGUGAGGUACUUGAUGUGAGAGAAGGGUGCAUAACACUGGAGAGGAAGGAUCGAAUGUGAUGAAUAAAAGAAUCCACAGGGAGGAAGUGAAGAAAUGUGUGAAUAGGCAGAAUUCAUUGUGGAGACUGGGAGGGAAUGAGUUGCAACAGACAGAUGAAUACAAGUACAGCAGAGCCCCACUUAGCACGAGAUCAAUUAGCGCGAACCGCGAUUACCGCAAGCCAUCAUCUACCAAGGAAAAAAUUAAUCAGCGCGAAAGCCUCAGUUAGCGCAAACGGCCACCACGACUGAAUUUUGAAAAUUGCACCCAGCCACCUUGAUGCGCGGUACCUGAAGCGUAUCAACAGAGUGGCCUGCUGCUUGCCUGCCUCCCACCACAACACAGCCGCCCCUCCCACCAUUUCCCACGUGGUCUCAGUCUCUCACGCAGUCACGCUGGUCUGCCCACGCUACUGAGGCGUACACCGACCACCACUAUUGUGGAUUGUGUUCCUUAUCACAGUAGUCUGUAAGGGUGAACAAUGAGUGCUUAAGUGUCUGUCGUGUGUACCACUUGCGACUGCGUGAUCCUUGUGGCACAGCACUACACGUGUUGAAAUAGUGCUGCAGUGUUUGGAGGUAUUCUGCAAAGUGAUAAUGCCUGGGCAAGAUACAGGAAAGCGCAAGUCGCUUGAGUUGUAAAACGCAAAGAGGAAAGCCAGGGCAAUUCUGCAAUAGGCCGUGCAUUAGGCCUUAGUGAAUCGACUGUGAGAACAAUAUGAAAGAAAAAAAAUUAAAUCAAAGCAUCUGUUAAAGCAUUCGUAACUUAUCAGUUUGAUUAUCGCAAGCGAGCCUGGGAUGAGAUACUGAUAAAAAUGGAGAGAUUCCUUGCUGUUUGGAUUGAUAGGAAAGAAAAGAAGGCAGUUCCGUGGAUAAACGUCAGUUCAAACAACAAGCGAAGUGCUUUUAUGAGGUGAUUUGUUACAAGACAAAUGUUCAUGGGGGUAACUUUCAUGCCUUCAAUGGAUGGCUGCAUCGUUUCCUUAAACGCAAGGAAAUAAGGAAACUUGGCUACUCAGGUGAAACUGCCAGUGCCGAUGUCAGUGCAGCAGAUGAAUUUUCCAGCAUCCUCAAAGAAAUGAUUGAUGAAGGCAAGUUUCAUCCUGACUGCAUCUACAACAUGGAUAAGAAUGAAAAACAAGGCAAGGCGGUAGAAGCUCCACCACCGCCUGGCGAACUCACCAUCCACCAGCUGACCAUAAUAUUGGCUGGGGUUGACACCUUUAAAGAGUGCAUCACAGAAAAUGAAAACUGCAGUGUUCGCAUAACAGAAAUGGUGCAUCAGCAGGAUAAAGUAAUGCGUUAUUAUACAGACCUGCAUUAAAAAAAAAAAAAAAUGAAUGAGACGGCACACGUAACAAGGUGUUCACACGCACUCCUGCUGCAGCCACACCACCACCACCACCAACGCCAGGACUCGCUCCCAGUGCUGAGGAUAGUGAUGGAGUGGACUUCCUUUGAUUUGAGGGUGUUUUACAAGAGGCAGAAAACUUGAUAAGAGAUCAAGCUGCCAGUAACAGUGACAGUGAUAAUGGAGACAGCAGCAAUGAGGUGGCAACGGGAUCUACUUCUCAUUGAUCCUGCAGCAGCCUCACAACGCCAUCACCUAGAUAAUAGUGCCCCGAUAGAAGAAAGGGGUGCCGAUGCAAAGGCAUGGAAGGAAUCCUGGGUCUCCUGUAAGUUCAAGAUCAAGAGCAAGCAGGAUCUUGUGGCAUCCCGAAGGAAGUUUCAAAUCUGCACGUGUAAACAUUGACCAAAAACACCAAGAUUCGCCAUGAACAUUGCGCGCAGACCCAAAUUACACGUAGAAGUGAGGAAAUUCAGGUCCAGCCAGUGGUCGACACACAGCAUAGCGGAGGCAGUGCAGCGCCACCUGGAGGGCCUGCGCACCAUCACCACAGGUGGCCUACUCACCGACCUGCCCCCGGACCUGAGCACCCAUGUGGAGGGAAUCAGGGUGUGUGAGGUGGAGGGACACCCAGAGAAAAAGCACGUGGAGCCAAGCACAGUGCAACACCAGUAUCAUGUUUACACCUUGGAAACAUUUGGGCCCAGUACAGAGGAGCUGGGUCCAGGGGGAGCUACAGGCGAGGGUGACAGCUCCUCAAUCCCAGCUGCCACACACUGGGUCCUGCCUGCUGUGGAGUUUGAGGGGCUGUGGGAGGCACUGGUGUACGAUUCCAUGAUAAAGGAGCAGCUAAUGAAGUUUGUUGAGGCGUCACUGGUGUUCUCGGACCGCGGCACAGACCGAGUGGUGGUGCCGUGGAACAAAGUGGUGCUUCUUCAUGGCCCCCCCGGCACUGGCAAGACGUCACUGUGCAAGGCCCUGGCACAGAAGCUCAGUGUGCGCCUUGAUCCACGCUACAAGUACGCACAGCUGGUGGAAAUAAACUCCCACUCUCUCUUCUCUAAGUGGUUCUCUGAGAGUGGCAAGCUUGUGCAGAGGAUGUUCAGCAAGAUAGUGGAGCUGGCGGAGGACCCGAUGGCACUGGUGGUGGUGCUGAUCGACGAGGUGGAGAGCCUAGCAAGGGCGCGGCAAAGCUCCCUGAGUGGCGCUGAUCCGAGUGAUGCUGUGCGGGUGGUGAACGCGGUGUUGACCCAGAUUGAUUAUAUUAAUAGCUUCCCCAACGUAGUCAUCUUCACUACAUCAAACAUCUCUGGCACGCUGGACCUUGCCUUCGUGGAUCGGGCAGACAUCAAAGAGUACAUCGGAGUGCCAUCCCGCGCUGCCAUAUACAUGAUCUACUGGUCCUGUGUGUUGGAACUGCAAAGGACUGGAAUAGUGGAGAGCUCCGAGACGCUGUUCUCCUUCCGUGACCUUGAGACAAUGAACAUGAUAGUGAAUGAGGCGACCAAGCUGUCCAUGAAACUGCUGGAGAUUGCCGAGAAAAGCGAAGGGCUAAGUGGAAGAACACUUCGCAAACUUCCAUUCCUUGCCUACGCCAUCCACUCCCCCUGCCCCGCCCUCCACCUGCCCCUCCCCCAGUACCUCCACGCCCUUCAAGCAGCUGUUGACAAGCACCACCGUGACCUUUCCACCCUGGGAGCCACUAAAUAGAGGUGGAAGAGGUGGAGAGAGGGAAAAAAGGAGGGGAAUUAGUUUAGAAGUGUUGUGGAGAGAAAGAGGAAAAAUGGAGAGAGUGGAGGAAAGGAGAGGAAGUCUGGAGAAGUGAUACAGAGGAGAGGAGGAAAGAUUGGAGAAAAAGAGGAAAAUAUUGAGAGGUGGAGAGGGAAGGGUGGAGGAAAAAUUGUCAAGUGGGGAUGGGAGAGAAAUGGGGGUGAAGAUUGGGGUGGAGAGGACAAAAAUCUGUGGAGGAAAGGAGGGAAGAUUGGAGGAAACUCAGGAAGGAAGAGAUGGAGAGCUUGGAGGUAUGAAAUUUGGAGGGGUAGAGGAGGCACAGCAGAGUUUUAUGAAAGAUGGAGAGAAGCUUGAAUGAGGCUUAGAGAGAGAGAGAGAGAGUGGAUAGAUGUGUGUGUGUGUGUGUGUGUGUGUGUGUGUGUGUGUGUGUGUGUGUGUGUGUGUGUGUAGAUUGAGAGUGAGAGAGAGAGAGAGAGAGAGAAUGGAUAGUGUGUGUGUGUUGAUUGAGAGAGAGAGAGAGAGAGAGAGAGAGAUUAAUAAAAAGAAUGUUAAAAAAUUUUCUCUCUCUCUCUCUCUCUCUCCAAGGAUCAAUACAUUUUUUUACAACUUUUUACACAAAUAAUUUUAGAAGGAACAACCUGUCUUGGCAAAUUACAAAUUCUCCUUUUAGUUACAAACAUCAUUUUCUCCCUUUCUUCAGUAUAACAAAUGUUAAACUAGAAGAGAAAAAUAAUGUAGGAAUUGAAAUAUUUUGUUUUUGUUGGGAAGUAAAAAAGAAAGAAAGGAAAAGGAAGAAAGGUUAUAUUUUGUUAUUCUGAAAGGAGUAGGGUGCGUGUGUUUCGGAGAGUAAUUUUUCAUGUUUUUUUUCUGAGUAGGGUGCGUGUGUUUUGGAGAGUAAUUUUUCAUGUUUUUUUUCUAAUUGUUAUUUUAAUAAUUUCUCAUAUAUGUACAUAAUGUAUGUAUCAGUGUAUGUAUAUAUGUAUGUAUAUCAAUUUAUCAUUUUUUUUUCAUCUCGUCGUUUUAUACAUUAUUGCAGGAGUUGAAGUUUUGCAUACAUCUUUUCAUUAGAAUCAUAUAUAGAAA